CCUAUUUCAUAUCCAUUAAUCGGUAAUUUGAGUAUAAUUGGCGCAACAGCUAAAACAUUCAAUGAGUGGACUGCAAAAUAUGGCCCAGUAUUUAGUAUACCAAUGCCAUCGUAUCCGACAUUAGUACUAAAUGAUUGGCCAUCCAUUCAAAAUGCUAUUCAAUUGGCAUUAAGUCGUAAUGCAAUUAGCCAGGACAAUUUUAACCCAGAUAAUUAUACACUAAUGGAACCAAAAGAAUGGAAAGAACAGCGAUUUUUCAUUAAAAAUCUUUUAUCGAAAGUCGGUUUCGCUAAACAAGAGAUGGACAGACAUAUUGUCGGCGAAUGUCGACAAAUGUGCGAACAAAUGAUUGAUAAUUCAUUGGGAACUGAUGUCAAUCCAAGACUAGUAUUUGGUGUCUGUAUUGCCAACUCUGUUAAUCCGUUUUUGUUUGGCCAUCAUAUGGCUUAUGAUAAACAAAAUGCACAAAUAAUAUACAAUCAUAUGAUUCCCGACAGAGAGCUAACGUUUACCGAUUUUGGGGCACAUUUUGCACAUGUUUUCAGAAAUUUGGAAAAAUAUUUAAACUUUUGGUUACCAAGAGAUUGGGAUAACUAUAAAAAUUUUCACAACAAAUUGAAAGCAAUUAUUAAGACUAAAAUAAAUGAACGAAUAAGUGAACAAUUGAUAGAUAAUCCAAAUGAUUAUAUCGACGCAUAUUUAUUGGAAAAAACUAGAAUGAAUACUAAGAUUAAUAAAGAUAAUCAACAUUUAUUUAAUGAUAAUAUGUUAUUGGGAAACAUGUUUGCAUUUGCCAGCGCAUCGCUAACCGGUGUUAUGCAUACACUUGAAUGGAGUUGUCUAUUGUUAGCCACUAAUCCGGAUUUGCAGAAAAAGUUGCAUGAUGAAAUUAUAACUGUUUACGGUAUAAAUGAUAUGGAUGUUACCUAUGAUAAAAAACCAUCGAUGCCAUUGUUGCACAGUUUUAUACUAGAGGUGUUACGCUAUCGUAGUUGUUCAUCGCUUAAUUUGAGAAUGGUAUCAAAAGAUACAGAAAUUUGUAACUAUAAUAUAGCAAAGGGUACGCAAGUGUUUCUAAAUUUCUGGGCCGUCGAUAACGAUCCUAAUCUAUGGGACGAACCGCAAGAGUUUCGAUCGGAAAGAUUUUUGUCGGCCGACAAAAAAUUUGUGAUAAAACCAGAAUAUUUUACACCAUUUUCUUAUGGUCGUCGAUCGUGUCCGGGAGAGACAUCAGCAAUGAUGCAAAUAUUUUUAAUGUUGGUUACAAUACUACAACGUUAUGAGAUAAAGGCGUCAAAUAAAACGGAUACAACACUUGAGUUUGUUAUGAAAGUUUCAUUAAUACCUAAAUGUGAACCAAUCGUACGUUUCUAUAAACGACAAAAUUAAUA